AUAUCGUAGCUGUAAAUUGUUCCCCUUUUUUGGUCUUCUGCCUCGCGGGUACUGACUACUCUCUCUCCCUCCCUCCCUUCUCUCUCUAAAAGUCAAAUCCAAUCCAAACUCAACUUUUUAGCUCUUUCUGUCAUUUGGUGUUGUUUCUUACAUCUUCAGACGAAUAUUUCUCUAUGUUUCGUUAAUUUUCUGUUGGACGGUGAAUUUUCUCUCUCUAGAUUCGUUUUUUGUGUAUCUCUCUGAAAUGAAAUUGAAUGAUUAUAGCCUGAUGGCGAGUGGAGGCAAGGUUGGGUACAAGCAGAAUACGGGGAGAAAGGUUAGAUCAAAACUCAAGGGUUCAGAUGAAUCAGACGAGGACUAUAAGGUGGAUGAAGAUGAAGACUUUGAAGAGUCAGAUGAAUACUGUUCUUCCUUUGAUGGAGGUGAAUCGGAAGAGGAAUUUGAGGCCAAGGAGAUGGAGGAGGAGCAAGAGGAUGAAAAGAAAGUGAAGAAGUUAGGACAACCAGAAGGUCAAAAGGGUGCUUCGGGUAGGAAGAUAAAAGAGAUGAAGAAGCCACUGAAGGAAAGGAAGGUUUCAUACAAGGAAGAAGAUUAUGAGGAUGAUUGUGAUGAUGAUGAUGAUGACAAUGAUGAAGAAUUUACACUGGAUGAGAUUGAUCGAGAAGAUGAAGAUGAAGUGCCUGCAACAAAGAUGAAUAAGAAGGUGGGCAGGCCUCGAUUGGGGGAAAAGGGUUUUGUUAAAAUGAGGAAUCGGAAGAGGAAUUUUAAGGUUCUGAAGAAAGAUAUGAAAAAGAAACCAAGACUGAAUCUUAGGUUGAGGGGGAAAGGGAGUUCUACUGAUGAGGAAUUUAUAGACAAUAACCCGGUUGUGGAAGAGAAGUGUGAGGAGAUUUCUGGUCAUCGGAGAAGGGUAUUGGUGGCUAAUUCUGAUUCAGAUUUGGUGAGUUCUGAAUCAUCGGAUUCUGAUUACACUAUCUCUGAGGAAGAGAGAGAACAUAUAAGAGAGGCCAGUAAAUUCUCCAGCAGUUUGGCAACUAAUUUAAGGGGUUCGACUUUUUCGAAGAGAUCAGAAGAAGAAUCUUUUUGUCAGCAAAAAAAACGAAUAGGGAGAAAGGGUAAGGAGAAAGUAGAUGAUGAUAGUGACGAUGAUGAAGAAUUUACGCUGGAUGAGAAUGAGAUUGAUUGUGAUGAUGAAGAUGAAGAUGAAGUCCCUGUGACAAAGAAGAAUAAGUUGGGCAGGUCUCGUUUGGGGGGAAAGGGUUUUGUUAAAGGGAGGAAGCGGAAGAGGAAUUUUAAUGUUCUGAAGAAGGCUGUGAAAAAGAAACCAAGAAAUAAUCUUCGGUUGAGGAGGAAAGCAUGUUCUAAUGAAGAGGAGUUUAUAGACCACAACCCGGUUGUGGAAGACAAGCCUGAGAAGAUUUCUGGUCGUCGGAGAAGGGGAGUGGUGGCUGAUUCUGAUUCAGAUUUUGUGUGCUCUGAAUCUUUUGAUUAUGAUUACACUAUCUCUGAGGAAGAGAGAGAACAGAUAAGAGAGGCCAGUGAAUUUUGCAGCAGUUUGACCACCAGUUUGAGGAAUUCAACUUUGUCAAAGAAACUGGAAGAAGAAGAAUCUUCUUUUCAGUUAAUAAAAUGUCCUGGGAGAAAGGGUAAGGAGAAAGUAGAUGAUUCAAAGAAUGAAGUAGGAAAACAAGUUUGUGGAAUCUGUUUGUCGGACGAGGGAAAGAAAAUAGUGCGAGGAGUAUUGAAUUGUUGCGGUCAUUAUUUCUGUUUUGCUUGCAUCAUGGAAUGGUCGAAGGUGGAAUCUCGUUGCCCUCUGUGCAAGCAGAGGUUCGUGACAAUUAGUAAGCCUGCAAAAUCAAACACAGGGCUUGAUAUGAGGACAGUGGUGAUACAGGUCCCUGAGCGUGAUCAGAUUUAUCAACCAUCUCAAGAAGAGCUUAGGGGCUAUCUUGAUCCAUAUGAAAAUGUUAUCUGUACUGAAUGCCAGCAAGGUGGGAAUGAUGCUCUCAUGUUACUUUGUGAUCUCUGCGAUUCACCUGCACAUACCUAUUGUGUUGGUCUUGGACGUGAAGUACCGGAAGGUAAUUGGUAUUGUGAUGCCUGUAGACCGACUGCUCUUGGUUCCACCUCAAAUCCACUAGGUCUAUAUCCUAUGCCAGAUCAAAAAACAAGUACCAACUAUUCUGGUAGAUCAUCUCCUGCGGACAAUGUUAGGGUAGCGUUAGAUCUCAAUGAGAUGUAUGUGCCUGAUAUACCAUUGACUCAAGAAACUGGGUCUUCUCCAUCUCCUAGACUUUCUGUUGGAGAUUUUCAAGCUGCUUCUUCAGCAUCUGGAUCAGGGGCAUUUACUGUGUCAGAAAGGCGCAGGAUACAGCGCCUUAUACAGAAUCUUCUUCACAACAGAAUGAGGCAACUUGAUGGCCAAAGCAAUGGGAUAUCAGCCACAAAUUUGGGAAGUAGUCUUUUUGGCACUCAAAUUGGUCAGGUUAGGGAAUUUGUUCCUCAACAAACAGUAACACCGGAAAGGCUAGCAUCGCGUUAUAACUUUUCUGAGGAAAGUUUUCAGGAUAAUUCCACAUCUUUAGUGCACAAUAGGGAAGCUUUUCCUGCAAGAUCAAUCCAUUCAAGGGAGCAAGCAAUUCAGAAUUCAGCUUAUACAUCUGUUGCUGGAGUUUUACCUGCUGAACUUGCUGGCAUCCAUGCCAGUGUCAAUUCAAGAUUGGGUUAUCAGCAAUCCCAUCCAUGCAGCAGUAGAUCAACCAUUGGGACUGAUGCUACCAUGUCUCCUUGUGCAUUCAGAGAGGUGAGCCACUUUAAGCUAGAAAAGGAACAAGUGCAAUCAAUGGUUAGAAGGCAUUUAAAAAGCUUCUUCAGAGAUUUGGAGUUAGGUAUGUCUAAGUGUGCAGUUUUUACUCUUCAACUGCAUGUAGCAGUAUGACUAUAAGACAGAGUUGUAGGAUGAAAUGAUUAUGACUUUAGUCAUAGGCAAUAGGUUGGUCUUUAUUCUGGAAGAUCAAAUCAUAGUGUUCAAUUAGUUAAUCAACUCACUGACCUGUCUAGGACACUCCAAACACUACUAUAAUUAUUAGACAGUAUUCUGUUGCUUUUUAGAAGGGAGAAUGUUCCUGUAUGCCUUCGCUUGCUUAUUUUGUCUGUCUUUUUUUUUUCUAUUUUUCAAUUUUUAUUUUUUUUUUUGGUUUGGCUUUGAAGUGCCUUCUUUGCUUUGCGAAGAGUGAAGGAUUAUGAGUUCUCAUGCACAAGGCAGCGAUGAAGUGCGCCUACGAUUUUCAUUUGUGUGCUGAAAUUACCUGUUAUCAAGAAUGAUGAAAUUAGUCGAUUUCUAUUGAUGCAGACUACAAAGUCUUUAAGGACAUCGCAAGGAGCUCCACACACACCAUUUUAGCUGCAUGUGGGAUUGAGCAUCGGACGAGCGAGGUCUGCCCUGUGCAGUCACCAUCAACUUGUAACCACAUUGAAAUAAUGGGAGGUGUGCAGAUGGGUCUGAUGAAAGGAUACUGCUCAUCUUGUUUCGAUCAAUUUGUGAGGAACGUAGUGAAAGCGAUCACGAGCAUUAAGAACCCGUCAACAAAUAGAGGUUAGGGAUUGAUGCGUCGGAAUGAUUGAUCAUUUUUUCAGUUUAGUAACACUAUGUCGCAUACUUGAUUUUUGAUAGGAAUUGAGACAGAAUAUUUGGUCAAAUUGUUUACAUGGACAAGCCAUUUCUCAGCAUUGAUCUAUUUCUAACUCGUUUAUAUUUAUGUCG